GGAAUCCUCCAUAUUUGGUCUCAGCCAAGAUUCCAGAUGAUCUGCGACAAGAAUCUUCCAGUAAGCUAGUCUGUGAAUCUGAUGGUCAUAUAUAAAUCCAGGCCCUAUUGGGGGUGUCGCUUGUUUGCCCCUCAUUCUGUUACCAGUUUCUGUUUACGGUAUCACAAGGACAGUCCAUUUCACAACAUACUCUCAUUGACUUCCUCUCCUCCACCGCAGUCUCCAGUAUGACAGGGGUUAUCGGAGAUGACUACAGCACACCACCUCACAAUAAUGGCAACACAGACCAAUUGCUAGGAUCUACAGUUACUAUCUCUGAAAAACGACCCCAGGCACCCUCCCCCGAUGAUUCCGAGUGGAACUUGGCAUCUCAGUUGCGAGCCGAUCAGGAGCUCCUCAAAUCGCGAGGAUUGACACCCUGCAAAUCUCUUCCAUUGGCAUGGGAACACCUUUCGGUCCGCGGUGUAGGUGGUCUGGACAAUAUCGAAUAUGGUUCUUCUAUGUCUACGAUUCUCGCACCCUGGUUACGACGCAAAUACCGCAAGAAAGCUGCUCUCUUGGCAGCAACUAGAAGUGACUUACCAGAAGCCGAAAAGGGUGACGGUGAUGUCAUGGCCUGGCGACCAGGUAUGCCUACGCCCAAGAAGGGUGAACCCGGCCUUCGUAAAGGAGAGCGAUACCUCCUUAGAGACUUCUCAGGUGUGGUCAAGUCAGGAGAGAUGAUGUUGGUCGUCGGUCGACCAGGUAGUGGGUGCAGUACUUUCCUCAAAAUCCUCGCCGGUCAUCGAGACGGAUACGCUGGGGUAGAAGGUAUUGUCAAAUACGGCACGUUGCAGCCCGACAAAGACUUCCAACCAUACAAAAGCGAAGUCAUUUUCAACUCGGAGGAAGACCUGCAUGAUCCUAAUCUUCUCGUUGGUCAUACAAUGGAUUUCGCUCUCCAGAUGUGCACCCCAUCUCGCGAUUCAAGGUUACCUGAAGAACCUGCUGGCAAUGGGAUGAGUAGGAAGAAGUACCAGGAUAGAACAAAAUGGGAGUUGUUGAAGAUGUUUGGCCUUACCCAUACACAUGAUACCAAGGUGGGAGAUCAGUAUGUUCGAGGUGUUUCCGGUGGUGAGAAGAAACGAGUUUCCAUUGCAGAAGUGCUUGCCACCAAAGCUUCUGUCCAGAUGUGGGACAAUGCCACCCGCGGCCUCGAUGCCGAUACCGCUCUGCGAUAUGCCAAAACCCUUCGUACACUCGCCGAUAUCCAACGAAACACCACGGUCGUCAGUCUAUAUCAGGCGGGUAACGGUAUCUACGAUCUCUUCGAUAAGGUAACCGUGAUCGCAGAAGGACGGGUAAUUUACUAUGGACCACGAGCGGAGGCGAGAGGUUACUUUGAAGAUCUUGGAUUCGUUCAUCCGGAUGGAGGCAACACUGCCGACUUUUUGACUGCCGUUACCGCCACGAACGAGCGAAAGAUCAGAGAGGGCUUCACGGGCCCUAUCCCCACCACUCCCGCUGAGUUUUCGACUCUUUAUGAGAAAUCUGACAUUGCUCGUCGUAUGCGAGAAGAGUUGGAAGCUCAUCUGGCCGACCCUGCUGUAGAUGAGCAGACGAAGAAGUUUAAAGAGAGCGUUGAAAAGCAGAAGGACCGAUGGGCAUCUAAGAGUAGGCCGGAGAAGGCCGACUUCAUGACUCAGGUCCGUGCGGCAUUGAUCAGAGAUUACCAACAACGAUGGGGAGACAAAUGGACGUUUUGGAUGCGACCUGCUACUUUGCUCUUCCAAGCCUUGAUUGCAGGCUCUAUGUUCUACAAUAUGCCUGUUUCUACCGCAGGUCUUUUCCUUCGAGGUGGUACUUUGUUCUUGUCUCUUUUCUUCCCCUCCAUGAUCAGUCUUGGUGAAACGACGGCCGUCUUUUCAGGCCGAUCAGUUCUUUCAAAGCAUAAAGGCUUCUCUAUGUACAGACCUUCGGCCCUGCUGCUCGCUCAAACGAUAGGCGAUAUGCCCCUCUACUUUGUGAUGAUUGUCAUGUUCACUCUCAUCAUCUAUUUCAUGACGGGUCUCAAAGUCGACGCCGGUCUGUAUUUCAUCUACCUCUUGUUCAUCUAUUUUACCACCCUUUGUACAACGGCGCUCUUCCGAUCCAUUGGUUACGCUUUUAGCACUUUCAACAAUGCUUCCAAAGCUUCUGGUUUUGCGCUCUUGAUGCUUUCGAUGUACGCUGGCUACAUCAUCUACACCCCUCAAAUGCAUCCAUGGUUUUCAUGGAUUAGAUGGCUCAACCCUUUCUAUUAUUCUUUGGAAGCCAUUAUGGCUAGUGAGGUCUAUGGGCUUGAACUCGAAUGCGUUUCUCCACAACUUGCGCCUUAUGGUGGUGACUACGCUCAAUACAACCAGGGAUGCGCAAUCACCGGUGCUGAGCCCAACUCUAUUACCCUUGACGGCACCUUAUGGAUGGAAUCUGCUCUCAACUUUUACAAAAGCCAUGUCUGGCGUAACUUUGGUAUCUUGAUUGCUUUCUGGGUUUUCUUCCUUGGUUUCUGUGCAUUGAUGAUCGAGAUGAUCCCAGCAGCUGGAUCGACCAAGUCCGUACUGCUGUACAAACCAGGCGGAGGUGGCAAGUACAUAAGGAACGCUCAAAAGAACGGAGCUUCUCCUCGAGAUGAAGAAGAUGGACCGAAUGAUAGUCAACUUAAUGAGAAAUCUCAGGGAACGUCAGAUGGCACCGCCGCCGAAGUGCAGGCUGUCAAUUCCGUUCUGACCUGGAAGAACCUAUGCUACACUGUCAAUGCGAAUGGCCAGCCCCGCCAGCUUCUCAACAACAUCUUUGGAUACUGCAAAGCUGGUACCCUUACUGCUCUCAUGGGAUCUUCUGGAGCAGGUAAAACGACCUUGAUGGAUGUGUUGGCAGCGCGAAAGACCGACGGUGAUAUCCGUGGUGAGAUUCUCAUGAAUGGCAAGCAACUUCCCAUUUCUUUCCAGCGAACCACCGGCUAUUGCGAACAAGUGGAUGUGCACCUUCCUCAGGCUACUGUGAGAGAGGCUCUCGAGUUUUCUGCGCUUCUUCGUCAGCCUAGAACUCUUUCGGAUAAGGAAAAACUCGCUUAUGUCGAUGUCAUUAUCGAUUUGCUUGAGCUGCAUGACAUUGAAGAUGCCCUGAUCGGUACUCCGGAAGCCGGUCUGGGUGUUGAGCAGCGAAAGAGGUUAACCAUCGGUGUUGAGCUUGUCAGCAAGCCAACCUUAUUGUUCCUGGAUGAGCCUACUUCCGGUCUUGAUGGCCAAAGCUCUUAUUUGAUUGUAUCCUUCUUAAGAAAGCUAGCUGCCGCCGGUCAAGCUGUUCUUUGUACCAUUCACCAACCUUCCGCUGCUCUGUUCGCCCGAUUCGACCAGCUCCUGCUCCUCAAAGGCGGUGGUAACACUGUGUACUUCGGGCCUGUCAGCGAAUUGACCAGCUAUUUCGAGAAGCAAGGCGUCACAAUCCCCAAGAACGUCAAUCCGGCUGAACGAAUGAUUGAUAUUGUGUCGGGUGACCUUUCGAAGGGACGUGAUUGGGCUCAGAUUUGGCUUGAAUCAGACGAAUGCAAAGAGCGUGCUAGGGAACUGGAGGAAUUGAAGAAGGCUGGCGCCGAUAACACGGCCAGUGUCGAGGGUGACGAGCAUGAGUUCGCUUCGACAAACAUAACCCAACUCAAGUUGGUCACCAAGCGAGCAUCGGUCCAAUUGUGGCGUGACACUGAAUACGUGAUGAACAAGGUUGCGCUGCACGUCUUGGCAGCCCUCUUCAAUGGUUUCAGUUUCUGGAAAAUUGGUGACGCAUACGCGGAUAUUCAGAACCGUAUCUUCACAAUUUUCCUGUUUGUUUUCGUCGCUCCUGGUGUAAUCGCUCAGACCCAGCCUAAGUUCCUACAUAACAGAGACAUUUUCGAAGCGCGAGAGAAAAAGGCAAAGCUUUACUCCUGGCAUGCCUUCUGUUUCGCAGAGAUUGUAGCAGAAAUUCCCUACCUCCUCGUUUGCGCUCUACUCUACUUUGCCCCGUGGUAUCCAACCGCCGGUUUCAGCUUCAAGCCUGGAAUCGCAGGAGCCAUUUAUCUUCAGAUGACACUGUAUGAGUUCUUGUACACCGGUAUUGGCCAGUUUGUGGCGGCAUACGCCCCUCAUGAGGUAUUUGCUGCUCUUGUCAAUCCUCUGCUCAUUGGAAUCCUUGUUAUAUUCUGUGGUGUCCUGGUUCCGUAUGAUCAGAUCACUGCUUUCUGGCGCUACUGGAUGUAUUAUCUCGACCCUUUCCAAUAUCUUCUCGGUGGUCUUGUCUCUCGCGCUUUGUGGGACGUUGAAGUCAAAUGCAAAAGCGACGAGUACGCCGUUUUCAACCCUCCUGAGGGAAUGACUUGCGAAAACUACAUGUCAGCCUUCCUCUCCGAAGCGCCUGGCUACUUGAACAAUCCCAAUGCUACAAGCGACUGUGAAUAUUGCGUCAUUUCAAAGGGGAGUGAUUAUCUCAAGGCAUUGAAUUUGGAGAAGAAGGUGGAUGGGUGGAGGGAUAUUGCUUUGACUUUCUUGUUCGUCCUCACUUCUUACGGAAUGGUGUUUCUUCUUCUUAAAUUGAGAAGUAAACGUUCCAAAAUGGCCCAGUAAUGGAAAGGAUAAUUAAAACUUGUACAACCAUUAUUACAACCAUUACAACUAGGUAUCAUAUUUGCUAGUUCGAGAAUUUACCAUCUUCUGAGAUUUAAUACCCGUUAUUAUCAUCUUGAUUAUAAUUCAUUAGAAUGCUACAAGAGA